AGACUUUCUCCUGCAUUUACCGGCGCGCUUUGGGGCACGUUUAAACUCCCGCAAAUUCCCGACAACUAUCGAUUGACCCGUAUUGUCGAUCAACGAGGCCAGCGCACGCGCACAGUAGUACCUGUGACAUGGAUAGAGGAAGAGAAUGGGGACAAAGUCCUAUGCUUCAUCGACUCUGGGGCAGCGUUUCCUGUUUCGGAUAUCACAUAUGAAAUGGAAUUUAGUGAGCCAAAAAUGGAGGCGGGUCCUGAAUUUGAUCAAACUUCGUAUAGAGUACAGGUCUUCCCGGAUGCAUGGCCUCAGCCGGGCUACCCCUUUGCUGUUAUUACAGCCGAAGCGCCAUCAUCAUCUAACCUAACCUACUCUUUUUAUACUUCUGACAAUGAAAAAGCCAUAGCUGUUGAUCCUCACACAGGAGAACUCUUCCUAACGUCAACACUGCCACCUGGAGACGAGUUUUGCGCAGUUCUGGUAGUAAGAGACCAGUUUGGCCAAGAAAAGAGCGUACCAGUGGCGAUAAAUACAGGUUUGGAUUACUAGGA